AUGGCAUCAAAGCAGAUUCAGUGUGAAAUGUGCGGUAAUGAAAAUGCAGUUGGAAAUUGCAAAAGUUGCGGAUACGUUGGUGAAGCUUGUGUAGAUAUUCACAAGUCAGUAAAUGUUUUUCAAACGCAUACUGUCAUUAUGCACGAGGCUGUUAAAAUGCAUGAGGAUGGUACAGACAAUCCAAAUGUCAUAUUGCGGGACAUCACAGAAGAAAGAUGUGAGCAGCAUCCGAAUGAAAAGGCGAUAUUUCUUUGUAAAAUUCAUGAUUCCACGAUGUGUGGCCGAUGUGUUCAUUCGGGACAUCGUCCUUGCGGAGAAGAAGUCGUUGACUUGUUGAAUGAAGUAGUUAACAUUGACUGCGAGAGAGUCAACACAAUGAAGUCAUUAUUGAUGGAAAUAAAAGAUGAGAUUCUGCUUUUGAAAAAUGAAGCAGAACACAGUAAGGAGAAUUACAAGAAAAACGCUGAUAAAUGUGUGCAAGAAUGUAUGGGAUUUGAAAAUAAAAUUAAACAACGUGUACAUGAAUUGACAAGUGGCAUUAGAGACGGAAUAACGAAGAAACAUAACGAAAACUUGACCAUUCAUUCCCAUAUUACUAAACUGUGUGAUGAGAAAACCAAAAUUCAAACAAAACAUACUUUCAAAGGGUUUGACUUCAAAGAAAACAAGGUCAUACUAAAAUGCGUGUUUGAAGAUUUGGAGGAGGUUUGUGAACAUCAAGAAGAAGUUACUGGGAGCGACGAUGGCAAUGCCAAUGAUGUUGGCGCAUCAACCACAAAAAUAAACCAGACUCGGCGGGAGCUCACUGUACUGUUGAGUCAAAUCAAGCAAGACUUAGAUCAGUCAGAAAAGGCAAGGAAUGCACUUUGUGAUGAGCUGAAACAAGUGAAACAAGACAAAGAUAAUUCAGAAAAGAAAAGACAGAUACUCGAACAAGAAUUACUGAAAGCGAAACAAGGAAUAGAGGAAUCUGAAAAGACAAGGAAGGGGUUUGAACAAGAGUUACUGAAGGCGAAACAGUGUAUAGAGAAAUAUGAAAAGGAAAAAGCAGUAUUCAAGAAACAAAUUCCACACCUGAAAGACAACAUUAAGUGGACUCAACCAAUUGGAACAGUUGAGGUCAAGAACAGCAAAAAUGAAGUCGGUCUUCCUGUCAUCAAUUUGAGUUUUACAUUCCCGGAUGGCAUUCAGACGACGCACCAUGCGUCCCUGAGAAGCCCGUAUAAAGGCGGCACAUUCAUGGGAUACUUGAGAACCGACACUGAGGGCGAGCUGCUAUGUAGAAUGUUAAAGGCAGCGUUCAGGAGAGGGUUGAUGUUCAACUUGGGGAAGGAAGGAAAAGUUGUCCUAGAUGGCGUCUCAUUGUAUAAUGGUCCAGUGUAUACUUACCUGUGGAUAGGACCAAAUUACGAUAGAUACAUACAGACAUUGAAAGCGGAGCUGUCAGCCAAAGGUAUCACAGAGACGAAUAUAGAUCAGACGGAGAAGCUAUAUGAGACCUUGACCGUUGACGGUCGGUAACUUUCAUUAGUGUUAUGUUGUCGAAAUACCCACUCCAAAUGAUUAAGUCAUAUAUUCAAAACAAAACCAGCGUACUGGUAUUGUAUCAUGUAUAUAACAUGCUAUUCCAAUUUAGAAUUUUUCUCCCAACAAUCGAGAUUCCUUUGGUGCAUUUAGCGAACUUAUUUUUAAAAUGAUUGUCUAAAAGAGUGAUAGUUAAUUUUAAACUGAACUCUUCAUUACGGGAUUAUUUUGUUUCUAUUAACUGUUUUGUCCUGUUAACAUUCGAUAUACAAGUAAUUACUCUACUACCAAUCAAAUGAUUCAUUUUAUUUAAACUAAUUAACUUUUCGAAAUGGAACCGAUAUAAUAUAUAUUUUGAAGUUGUUGUUUUUUGGCAAUUUGCAUGGAAAUUAUUCUUUUUAAAAGUGUAUUCAAAUUAAUCAUAUUUUGACAGUAUUUUGUUUACCUUGAUUAUUUUGUUUUUCAAUUUCGAUUGUUUCAAUUAACUUUUUGUCCUGUUUACAUUAUAUAUAAAAAUAAUUAUUACUUUACCGCCAACUAAAUGAGUCCUUUUUAUGAAAACUUAUUCAAACUUCUUUUUUUAAAUAUCAUCUUUUAGAUAUUGAAUAAAUGUAUGUAAUAUAUAUAUUAUUAUGUUUUUGGCAACUUGCAUCUAAUCUAUCAUUACGAAGUGAAUUAGAAUCAAUCAGAUCUUGACAUUAUUUUGUUUAUCUAAACAGUUUUGUUUUUCAAUGUUUAAAGUUUGUAUAACAGAUGUGGAAGCUUGGAUUUCAUCCCGUUUUAUUUUUUAGAGAAUGAAAUGUGACAUCCAGUUACAUGAUAAGUCUCUCUCUCUCUCUCUCUCUCUCUCUCUCUCUCUCUCUCUCU